AUGGGACUUCUCCGCAGUCUUGUCAGUCUGGCUGUGGCGGCCUCUGCAGCCCAGGCCGCCGCCCCGCGCAUCGCAGGCUUCACGGUCACUUGGACCGAUGACUUCAACGGCGGACGCAAUAGCCCUCCCAACUCGGCCAACUGGAUCACAGAUACCGGCAAGAAUUACCCCGGCGGUCCCGCAAACUGGGGCACGGGUGAGGUGCAGACGUACACGAGCAGUGUCAACAACUUGAGACUAAACGGAGCAAGUGCGCUUGAGAUCGUGGCCCUCAAGGACAGCAGCGGCGCAUGGACGUCGGGCCGCAUCGAGACGCAACGCAAGGACUUCAUGGCUAGAGCAGGUGGCGUCAUGCGGAUCCAGGCCAGCUUGAAGCUGCCCAGCGUCAGCCAGCCUGUGGGUUACUGGCCUGCAUUCUGGGCAUUGGGCGCUGCUUAUAGGGGCAACUAUACAAACUGGCCCGGCGUUGGCGAGUUUGAUAUCAUGGAGAACGUGAACGGGUUGAACAAGGCCUGGGGUGUCCUACACUGCGACACAAAUCCCGGCGGCGCGUGCAACGAGGCCAACGGCCUUGGAGGCAGCCGUACCUGCCCGGGAAGCGCCUGCCAGGGGAACUUCCACACCUACACUCUGGAGGUUGACCGCAGCGCAAAGCCCGAGGCGGUGCGGUGGUUCUUGGACGGCACACUCUUCUGGCAAGUUAUUGAUACGGACAUGCCGGCUGCCGUGUGGAACAAGACGGUUCAUAACCCGAUCUUCAUCCUGCUCGACCUUGCUAUCGGCGGCUCGUUUCCCAAUGGUGUGUACGGAUCCUCGACGCCUCUGUCCACGACAACUUCCGGGGGUGUCUUCACGGUGGAUUAUGUUGCCGUUUACAACAAAUAG